CUCAAUUCAACAAGUUAAUGUGUGCAAUUCUUAAUUAACUCACUCGUAAAUCUAGGUUAAACUGGUGAAUUGUGAACGACUUUCAAGUGUCACAAUCAUUAUCAUUUAUUCAAGCUACAACGAUAAAUAAAAUGAAAUGGAUUAGUAAAAUCGCUUACGGAACGGGUCAAAUGCUUAAAGAUCUUGUUGUGGGAUUUAUAUUUGUAUUCUACAUAAUAUUCUAUGAAGGAUGUAUCAGUCUGAGCAGUUCACAAGUUGGGGCAUUAUUACUGUGUGGUCAGAUUGCCAAUGGAUUAGCCACACCAUUGAUUGGUUAUUUAUCAGAUCGUUCACUUAGUCCAACUAAAAAAUCGACAGCUGAUCACCAGUCGAUAACAUGUGAAGAUGAAAGUGUAAAGAAGGAUAAGAGGUUGUUGAAUCGAAUGAAACGGCAGUUGAGACUUGGACCGAGAAAGUCAUGGCAUUUAGCUGGAUGUUUAUUGUUAGUUAUUGCCUUUCCAUUGAUGUUUGGACAACCGGAAUAUUUAGUUGGGCUUCCAGUUUGGGCGAAGUUAUUGAUCAAUGGCAUGUUUAUGAUUUGUGUUCAGGUUGGUUUUGCAGCUGUACAAAUUCCUCACUUAUCAAUUAUCAAUGAUUUGACAGAUCAACAUGAUGAACGAGUAUUACUUGCCUCAUUACGAUAUUUCUUCAGUGGAAUCGGCCACAUAACUAUGUUGCUUAUAACAUAUUUAUUUUUCAUAUCAAAAAAAUCCAGUUUGUUAAUUUUGAAAUCAGUAAAUGAAACUGACAACAAUGCGAACAGCAGUCAACUAUUCACGAAAUCAUUGCGAACAACUAACAAUAAUGUUCAAAGUGAUAAUCAGUCGACAAAUGUUGGAAAACAGUCAGUUGUACAUUCAGAAUACAAUACGACAAUUCAAGAUUUGCCUAUAUUUCGAAAUGUUGCAUUGAUUCUUGUUGGGAUUGGAGUAUUAUUCACAGUAAUCUUCCAUUGUGGUGUUCGUGAAGGUAAACCGAAAGCACAACAACCUUUCACAAUCCAAUCCAAUGAAAAAACAUCAAGUGAAUUCCCAGAAGUGAAUGGCACAAACAACAAUAACGGGUUCAAUAAUGAUAAUUCUGUUGUGGUUUUUCAAAUCAAAUCUAGACGCAAACGGACCUACAGCCUUUCAUCUACACUGCCUUGGUAUGCUUGGUUUACACUACCAAGAUUUUGGCUGAGCUGUUCUACAUGCAGUAUACUGCGACUUGGUGUAACUGUUUCUGUGUUGUACAGUGGUCCAUUUUUGUUGAAUUCAUUAAAAAUGAAUAAAAGUUCAAUGGUUUCUGUUCAAUUAGUUAAUACAAUUUCUUGUUUGAUCACGUCAGUUGCUGUACAGAGAAUCAAUAAAUUACUCGGGAAUUAUAUUGUUUCGAUCGUCGAUGUUCUAUUUAUCCUUGCAUCUUGUACAAUCGCUUACUUUUUAAAAUCAGCCGAUGAAAACCUCAUAGCAAUCUAUGUUUCUGCAGCCAUUCUAGGCAUUGGUAACACAAUCAAUAAUGUUCGAGCAUUGGUUGUGAUUGCAACAUUGAUCGGUGUAAAUCAAGUACACACAGCAGCAUUUGUUCAUGGGAUCGCAUCAUUGUUUGACAAAAUCUUGACUGGUAUCUUCAUUCAAUGCAUACAACUCUGUGUACCUCAGUUAACUUAUAGACAUAUAGAGGUGUAUAUUGUAGGCAGUUUGGCAGUAUUCGGUGGUAUUCUAACGACAAUUGAUCAUUUCAUUUACUCAGAGACUUUAGAAAGUACAAAUGCACCUUGUCUUUCAUGUUUUAGUCGAAGAUCAACUUCAUCAUUGUCUUCGUCAUCAUCGAAAUUUCAGGGUGACAAGGACAUCGAGUCUAACAUUCAAACAUCCCAUCACGGUGUUAACAAUGAUAAAGAAAAUAACGAUAACUGUGGAUAUUAA